AUGGACCGCUGUGAGACAUGCAAAGAGAACUACUAUCCAAAUGAAGCCAGAAACAAGUGUGUUCCCAAAAACCUAAGUUUCCUGUCCUAUGACGAGCCCCUGGGGAUUGCUUUAGCAUCCUCCGCUCUUUCUUUCUCGCUCUUGGCUAUAUUUUUGCUAGGAACCUUUAUUAAACACUGGGACUCUCCCAUAGUCAAAGCCAACAACCGAGAUCUCAGCUGCAUCCUCCUCUCCUCCCUAAUGCUCUGCUCCCUCUGCCCCUUGCUCUUCAUUGGCCGGCCAAGGAUGGAGACUUGCCUUCUCCGGCAGACAGCCUUUGGAGUCAUUUUCUCAGUCUCUCUUGCUACGGUCUUGGCCAAAACCAUCACUGUGGUUCUGGCCUUCAAAGCCACAAAGCCGGGGAACAGAAUGCGGAAAUGGCUGAGACCCAGAGCUGCACAUGGUUUUGUACUGUUCUGUUCUCUCAUCCAGGCUGGGAUCUGUGUGGUCUGGCUGGGAACCUCUCCCCCAUUCCCAGAUUUUGAUACCCACUCGGAGACUGGGUACAUUAUCCUUGAGUGCAAUGAGGGCUCCGUCACUGCCUUCUACUGCAUCCUAGCUUACAUGGGUCUCUUGGCUUUGGUGAGCUUUACGGUUGCCUUCCUGGCCAGGAAGCUGCCUGACAGCUUCAAUGAAGCCAAGUUCAUCACCUUCAGUAUGCUGGUUUUCUGCAGUGUCUGGGCGUCCUUCAUCCCAAGCUACCUGAGCACCAAAGGGAAAUAUAUGGUGGCUGUGGAGAUCUUCUCUAUUUUGGCCUCCAGUGCCGGGUUACUAGGCUGCAUCUUCUUCCCCAAGUGUUAUAUUAUUCUGCUGCGGCCAGAUCAGAACAGCCGGGAGCAUUUCACUCAAAAAUUAAACUCUGGAGUCAAGUAG